AUGCCCGAACAAUCACCAAAUAAAACUCGCGCUGCGUUCCGAAUUCAAGUUCUUGCUCGGCUGCGGCCAAACUCUUCAGAAUCCCCAGUCACAUUUAGACCCCCGAACCAAGUUGUCGUCGGGUCACGAGCUUUUGCAUUUGACGAUGUACUUUGGAGCGCCCAGAAAAUGCCCGAAGGUGUUUCGUAUGCUACCCAGGAACGCGUGUUUAACGCAACUGCAGCCCCGCUGCUAGAUCAUGCAUUGAAGGGCUUCAACACCUGCGUGUUUGCCUAUGGUCAGACUGGAUCCGGCAAAUCGCACACCAUGAUCGGAACCCAACAAGAGCCCGGGAUUAUUCCACGCAUGGGCCAUGAGCUUUUUGAACGAAUGAGCAGAGGACCACCCUGUGGCGUUACAGUUUCGUUUUACGAAAUUUACAAUCACGAUAAGAUUAGAGAUUUGCUUGUUAAGAAUACCAAUACUCAAAUACCCCCGCUUAAAGUUCGAGAGCAUUCAAAGACUGGUCCAUAUGUUGAUGGACUGACUUCUCUUGCUAUUAAAUCACCAGGAGAGCUAUACUCUGUGCUGGAGCAAGGAUCGCAAAACAGAAGUGUGGCCGCAACAGCGCUUAAUGACGCAUCGUCUCGGUCACAUGCCAUUUUCUGCAUUACUUUAGCCCAGGCUGGUAGCGUUUCAAGAAUGCAUCUGGUGGAUCUAGCCGGGUCGGAGCGUGCUAAAACAUCCGGAACUUCAGGAGCACGGCUUCGUGAGGGCAGCGAAAUCAACAAGUCUUUAUCUUCACUUGCACGAGUCAUCUCUGCUCUAGUUGAGAAACAACGUCGCCCAGGAACCGUUGUGCCAUAUCGUGAUUCCAUGCUUACGUGGGUUCUUAAGGAAGCACUGGGCGGGAAUUCAAUGACGGCCAUGGUAGCAACAUUAUCGCCGGAUCCGAUAAACGCUGACCACACUCUGUCGACGCUGAGGUUUGCAUCGAGUGUCAAAAAAAUUGAAAACGUGGCUAUUAUUAAUGAGGGAGAAGCUGUUUCGGGGAAAUUACUUGUUCGCGAACUGCGCGAAGAGAUUGAACGGCUAAAAAGCCAGCUGGCUCAACAAGAGAAUGUCAGCGAGCUCAAGAAAAAGUUGGAAACAAUUCAACGUCAAUUGGCCGAGCAAAGUACACCAGCUAGCCCUGUGCGGGAUCUCAAAUCACUCGGAAUUGUGCCCAACUCAAGGUUAUAUGACCUUCCUCGGCUAAAACUUCCAUAUAUUAUGAAUGUAAGUGAAGGCCGCUCAAGCUUUUUUACAUUUACGCUACAACAUGGAACUACGACAGCUGGCAGUAAUGCUGAAGCCAGCAUUAAGGUGCAGGGAGAGCAAAUUCUUGCAGUGCACUGCAAGUUUAUCACUGAUACAGAUACCACCCUUGUCCCCAUGGAUGGUGCCCUUGUCACAGUUAAUGGAGUGGCUGUAAGCACACCCACUCUACUAACUAAUAAUAGCCGGAUAGCUUUAGGGCCCCAGAAAUCUCUUGUCGUGCGGUUUUUUGAUCCGCUGCGGCGUGGUGGAAGCAUACCUCGAGCCAAAACUCCUAAAAAGGAAGUUCCGGAUGAUGAAGCCAUUUCAUUGCUAGACGACGACACGCUGGAAGGUUUGUACCACCGGGUGGUUCGGUCGCGGCACCUACGCACCAGUAGUGCCAGCUCGUCGAGACCGGAUUUUGAUCAUUCUGUUGUCUCGGAAAACGACAAUACGAGUUUUACCAUUUCUGGAGAUACGGAUCUAACGCCGCGUGAGAAAGAGCUGGCCCGCAAGUAUGUAGCAGUGUGGCAGCAGCAGAGAGAUGCGCGAUUUGUGCGUGAAUUUUUAAGUCACCUUGAGCUCAUUGGCCGGGCUCAAAUAACUGCACGGGAGUUUGGAUUGCCUGCGAGUCAGUUUCAAUUGAUGGUUGUGGAUAGUACUGGAUUGCAGCAUUCACCGUAUUAUGAUCAAGGUAGUGCCACUAGCACAAACACAUUUAUUGUAGGGCCAGGGAAAGGCUUGCAGAAGUUGGCAGUGCGGUUUCAGCAUUCUGAGACUCGUGCAGUUCAUAUAUGCAGUUUGGGUGCACUACGUCGGAUGGUACCUCAUAAUACUAAUGUUGGUUGUGUGCGGCGCGCAGCUCCUGAGCAGUACAUGGAGAUGAUGGUUCCGGAGAUGACUAAUAGAGCGAAACCGCAGUUCACAUAUCUGGGCAAAGCGAAUUUUUUUUUGGGAGAAACAGAAGAGGCAGACGUUUUUUCUCCAUACACAUAUAGCGUUGCUGGGCGAUUGCGACUUGAGAAGGUUGGGGACAAUGGAUAUACCAUAUUUUUAGGGGGGAUGUCAUAUGAGGAAAUUCAAGACGUACAUUGUGGGGUGUCAGUUGUUGUGAGAAAUGAGCAUAGCGAUGUUGCUUCGGUAGAGCGUAUUGCAGUAACACCAGUGAUGGAGGUAGGAGGUAGUAUGUUGUUUAAGAAGAAGAAUGAUGGGUAUAUUCGGUUCCCAUCAUAUUUAAAAAUAGCUGGGGGGUCUGAGCUGCUUAUUGAAGUUUAUGGCACAGUGAGAGACGGGUUUCUUGAAAAGUUAGCAAGCUGGGACGCAUUACAGGAAGAGCCUCCGGUGAAUUAUGUGCCUGAAUCACCACCAGAAACAUUUCGUGUUGAAGUCAGGACCCAAUUUGUUGAGUUGGACGAGGAUGGUCGGUUCAGCAAACCUUCGCCAGUGACUGAAAACCAUGUGAUGGAACUGCGACAGGGAGUGGUGCGUCGGUUAAGGGUGGAGGUUGAAAUUCCAUUAGAUGCAUCAGCAGCCGCGAGGGUGCCGCCAUAUGAUGCACCAGUUGGAAUUGUUGUAAGGGUAGGAGAGCCGGUGCUAACAGAUUUAUAUGGUUUGGAGCUAGAAGAGGCUGAAUAUCUUGGUUAUGAUAAGGCUGAAGAGGUGGGUUGUGGAAUGGAGGGUGAGGAAGAAACCAAAACGGAAGAAAAGAACUGGGCAGUGUUGAAGAAUGUCGGGAAACCUAAAAGACAGCAGUUCCCAGACCAGAAUGUUGAACGAGUGAGCAUUGAGUGUCAUUGGGACCGACAUGAUGAGAUGCUGAUGAGGGCGACGCGGGCCAAUUCUCAGGUGUUUGUUCCGUUGAAGGUUUGUUUGAGGGGAAAAGGUGAAGAAGAAGAAGAAGAACAACAACAACAACAACAACAACAACAAGGGCUUGUUUUGCAGUACGGCGUUAAUGUGCGGGUACGGCCGCGCGGCAGUGGAAAUGGAAGUGAGGUGAAUGGUAGAGUUAAUUGGCGAGCGAAUUCAAUUGUGUGGGGGUUAUUAUUUUUUAUUCAAGAAUCGGAAUGGAAUCAAGCAGAAGAUGACGAUGAAGAUGAAGAUUUCAAGAGAAGAAUGUCAGUAAAGAAUGAAUUUCAAAUUAUUCGUGGAUGGGCAGGAGUUCCACGCACGUUUGUUGAGUACCGGUGGAUGAUUUGGAAUGGAAAGGCACCGGAAGAGGAUAUGUCCGAGUUCCCGGAUGACACAAUACCAGAAACAAGAUAUCAGAAUGAUUUAGAAGAUGAAGAAGGAAAAGAAGAAGAAGAAGAAGAAGAAGAAGAAGAGAACCCAUCAGAGGUACUGCCACGAUUACAACAAGAAGAUGAAAAAGGUCAAAGUGUGUUUUUAAGAGGAGUUUCAGUUAUUGCCGAAUAUUGGAGGUUUUGUGAAAGAAACAACAAGAGAACAGAUUUAAAAGGUGAAAAAUCUGUGUUGGUUAAAAGGCAGGUUAGCCGUGCCAUUUCUGGUUAUUAUUCAAACGGUAAACAAGAUGAUAAAUCUUUGUGA